AUGAGCCAUUCUCACCCCGUUGGAUUACUUGCUGCGUAUAAUAGUCUCACAGAUAAACACCUGGCUGGAUAUUUUAACAAUACAAGGAUAAGGCGGCAUCUCUUAAGAUCAGGGCUGAUCACAAGAAAUGGAAGAAUACUUUCUGAAAAGGAAUACAAACUAAAUAUCAUGAAGAAGGAUCACCAAAAAUAUAUCCGGGAGUGCUUAGCCCAGGCUAUUUUCCAUAAGGUUCUUGAUAUGGAGCGUUACCAUCAGCUUGAAAUUAAAAAGAAACUGGAGACCUUAGCUAGGAAGGAGCGAAUUCAGAGAUUUAAGGGAGAGCACACAAGAUGGACUAUAGAAAAUAACAUACCUCUCCUGUCUCCCCGCCCCCCCGCUGGCCCCAAGACUAACCGUGGCCAUAGUGUUCUGGUUGAUGAAGGGCAUUCCAGUCCAGUAACACCGACAGCCCCUCGACCAUACACUGCUCCCGGAAAUAUGCAGCCUCCAAUUCGAUUACAACCUCUUCCCAGUAAUCCUGCAGUACGAACUGUUCCAAAGGUAACUUUGGGAUCCAGAUCAAAAACCUCAUUGCUGGAAACUGAAACUCCAUUUCCCAUUGGGGGCAAGAAGGCAAUGAUGAAGUUCAGGAACUCCAUGGACAAUUCACAGGAAAUGAAUCGAUACCAAUUUCCAAGCAUUAACCGUUACAUUAUGCCUAUUCCUCCUCCACUUCCUCCCACCAGUGGAAAAAUCACAAAAGAAAAUAGACCUGAAACAUGGAGAAGGAGAAGAUUUCGCCCAACCACUGCUCCAAAUGGCUUAGAACCUGUUUUUACCAAGGAUUCAAGAAGGAUUCAUAAAACACCACUGCAUAGUAAUGCAGCUAUUACAAUGAUCUAUUUGGGGAAAAAUGUGCACCUAGCUUAUGAUCACCCAGAUUUCCGGGAUGAAAUAAAAGUUUAUCAACAGCACUGUGGUGGAGAAAACCUAUGUGUAUACACAGGCAAGCUACUUGAAAAAGAGACCUUUCAGUUUAUUUCCAAGAGGCACCAAGGUUUCCCCUUCAGCCUCACCUUUUUCCUGAAUGGGAUACAGGUGAACAGAUUAAGCUCCUGCUGUGAAUACAAGCAUCGAAAAGGUUCCAGACUUGGAGGCAAACGAGGCUACUUCGGGUUUGUGUGUGUCGAGAGAUCAUCUCCUUGUUACAAGUGCAUUAUUGCAAUGGGUCUUGACAAAAAAACAACUUCUCCAAAACCCAGGAAAGAAAAGAACACUGAGAAAAAAGAGGGACAGAAGAAGGGUGAGGGGAAACUGAGGAAGGAUAGAGAGUGCCUGAUACCAAGAAGGAGAGAUAUGGAAGGGAGCAAAGCCUCAGCUUCAGUCGUUUUUUCAGCUCAAGAACUACAUGCAGGGCUCAGUGAAGUGAGAACUGCUGUCGAAGAAAUGGAAUGUAAAGAAAAACCAGGGCAAGAUGUCUGGGAAGAUGACCAAGGAAACAUAUUUAAAUAUGAAUAUGAAGAAGAUUUUGAAGCAGAUGAGGAGAAACAAGAUGGGAAAGCUAAUGAAGAAGGACAGGCUGAUGAUCAAAUGAAUGAAACGUCAAAGUCACCCUCAGAUGAUGAAAAAGAUCAUUUAGACCCUGAAAGGGAAAGUGAAACUUUGUGGAAGGCACCAGAUGCUGAUGACAAUGUGAAAGAUGAGGGUGAUGGAUGCUCGGAGAGUGAACUGGAAGAUGAUAAACAAGAUGGGAAAACUGUUUCAUCAACCUCAUCCAGAAGUCACCCAUAUUCUAGUUCUAGUGAAGAUGAAUCUGCACUGGGGGACCAGGAGACCCACGCUGAAAACAGUCCAAAUGAAAGUGUCAGAAGUUCAUCUUCUCAAGAGUUGAGUGAAAGUGAUAAGCCAGGAAAAACCCACCUUCCAACUGAGGAUUCUCCAGAAAUUGAAGAACAAGAAAUAAUAGAAACAGAUGUGGAGAUCAAGCCUCUGCUGAUAGAGGAAAAUUUGGAGAAUGUUCUUGAACAAGAACCUGAGAAAAGAACUGGAGUGAUUGCAGAGAGCUUAUCUGAGAAGUCCAGGCAACAUGUUUCCGAGGAAGAAAAGGAAAAGAAUAAGAGUAAGCUUUGGGAAGAAAGCACUGCUAAGGUGAAGGACAAAAAGGCAGGUCCCCAUAGGGUGGAUAAAGGUGUUGAACAGGUAGUAGCUGAAGCUGUGGGCUCGAGCCUCCACUGCCACUAUGACUCCGAGUCUGGUGUUAGCAGCACAGACGAAGGAGAGAAGCUCUCAAGGAAGCUGGAGGCUGACACAGGUGCAGCACUGGAUAGGAAUCUAGUGGUGGAGGAAAGGACUGCACUCAGCUCAAACAAGAAAUCCAAACAAGUUGCAUCAGAAGAGCAUACCCUGGAGAAGAAAGAAGCAGUGGAGGAAGGCGAAGGUCCCCAACACAGGGAUGCUGACGCAGAAGAAAAAGGGGAUGCAGCUCUGUGGGGAAAAGCUGAGGUUAAUGAGGUUCCCUCAGGGCAGGGGAAGCCAAAAGCAGAACAGCUGGCAUUGGUAGGACAGUUUACAGAGGAAAGAGAGCUCUCUCAGGGCAUAGCAGUUGAGGCAGAGGCAGAAGCAGAAGGGGAUAGAAGACAGGAUAAAGAAGGGUUAGGCGCCAGAGAAGAAGAAGCAGCAAAAGACUCUGGAGGUCCGAAUGAAGGUGAGGCUGCUGAGGCACGGGUCUUGAUGCAAGCAGUGCUGGAGACGGAGAAGGCAGCUUGUGAAGGUGGGCAGGCUUCAGAGGGGGCGUUGCUGGCAAGUCAGGCAGAAGCUCUGAACUCAGGGUGUGCUCAGGAGACAGCGGCCCUGAGAGAGGCAGUGAGGCCAGAGGAGGGAAAGUCUGAGAGCGCGGCUGUGAGCGCAGCUGGGUCUGCAAAGCCAGGCAUGGAGGACAGUGAAGAGGAAGCGUGUACAGACCUAGAGGACAGGGGACCCGUGGAAGAUGCCACAUCUGACCGAGAGGAGGGCUUAGAAGAGGCAGUGCUGGGGCAAGACGAGUCGACCAAAGGGAGAGAGGCAGUCACGGGAAUGGAAACACCUCUGAGCUCCUCCACUUCUGAGAAGGUUGAGGCUACUCAGACGGGGAGUUCAGUGGACAGCCUGGAGGGACUUCGUAAGGACCAGGUGGAAGAGGAGGAGGUGGUGACGGAGUCAGAGUCUAAUAAAGAUGAUGCUAGCAAAGAAGUGUUACCUGAGGAAUUAGACUCAGAAAAGAGAGAGAGGAGGAAAGCUGAGAGGUCAAAAACACCUCUGGGGGAAACUGAAUCUGAGAGAGAAGAGGUGACAAGGGCAAAGGCGCUUCAGGAUGAAGACACUUUAGAAGAGGAACAACAUCUUAAAGGGAAAGAGGGGGAACCUGUGCAGGAACAAAGGCCAGAGGAAGAGACACAAGCCUCCCCAAAUGAAACGGAGCGUGAUGCCGAGGAUGAAGCAGCCAUGGGGGCAUCUGAAGCGACUGAAGACACAGGGCAACAGAGAGAAGACUCACUGAGAGACAGGGAGGUGGGCGCGUUUGAAGCAGCCCCUGGGUUUGAGAAGUCCCUAGAAAACAGAGCGGUUUGGGGGAAAGGAGAAGGAGGGGAAAGGCUGAGAGAUGCUGGAGCUGCAGAGUACAGAGGCUCAGCGGGGCUGCUCUUUGGUGAGAAUGUGGCCCACGAAGAGCAGGAAGAGGGGUCCACCCCUGCAGGAGAGGGGGUGUCAGGAGCUCCCGAAACCAAGUCCACAGGGAGAGCGCAGACUCCCAGGGAUGCAGGCAAGGCCCAGGGGUCUGCAACCACAGAUCAAGACAUGGUUGCCAGCCAGGAGGAGAGGAAUAAAGACGGGCCUUUACAGGGGCCAGAGGGAGUAGCCGUCACAGCCUUGACCCAAGAUGUUCCCGAGGGAGAUUCCAUGAUGGCAGGAAAACUCAGUGACGUGAUGGUUGAGGACGCAGAGAAGGAGGUGCAUGAAGAGUGCACUCUGGGGACAGGAGUGACGAAGAAUGGGGACCCUAAGGCGGACGGGAGUGCGCAUGGCGUGGUUAUGACUGUGGAAGAUCCCCAUCAAGGAGGAGGAGCCUCAGAAGAAGCUGCAGGGAGGGAGGACGAUUCUGCUGAGGGGAAAAUAGAAGCAAAUAAAGUCUCCUCCUUUUCAGAUGGUGCUGGGGAGGAAGCUUGGCACACAGUGGGUGAGAUGCCAGGAGAAACAGCAGUUGCGGAGAAGGUGGCCGUAGAGGGUACAGUGCUGAGCGGGGAGGAUGUGCCCAUGGCCAAGGAGAUGACUGUGAUUUCGGCACUGGAGGCUGAGGCUGAGGCUCCAGGGGAACCUUCUAACCUGGAAGGGAAGGCCCCAAAGCCAGGGCCAGCUGGGGAGGCAGAGAAGGCUGAAACCACCCUGGGGGCUGAGUCUGAGUCGGUGGGAGAGGAGGCAGGGAUGGGGAGUCCUGAUGGGGAGGAGGAGUCAGGGGAAGCUGAAGAAUUUAGACUGGGAUUAUCCCAAGAGAGCGGGUCAGAGGCCAGGAGGGAGAGUCCACAGGAUGCAGAAACACUCCCUGAAAAGCCCAACUGUAGGGGAAUCCAAGAGAAGCAAGAGCUUUCAGUGCAAAAAGGAAGUGAGGACCUGGAUGUUUCCUUGAGUCCAAGGAAGGCCUAA